AUGAACGACGUCAAGAGCAACCGAGAGCUGUACUUGCAGUACACCGCCACGGCCCCCAAGCUGCUGGCCCAUGUCUCCAGGCUGCUUGUCAGCUGCCGGAGCGCAGGCAUUUCUGUACCCAAGGGCAUCAGAAACAUCUUUGAGUUCACCUGGGAGGAGCUGAUCACCGACCCCAUGAUCCCUACCCCCUCCGACAUCUUGGGCCUGGAGAUCAGCAUUGGCGCCCCGCCCGUGGUGCUUAUGGAAUCAGCCCCCAUGCAGGCCCCCGUCCAGAAGAAGCCGCCCCCGCCAGUGCUCCCGCCACCGAUGCUGCCCCCUUCCACCGGGCCGGCCAAAUCUAUGCACUCUCCUACCCACGGCCGCCGCAGGCAGUCCAGCCAGGAGACCCUGCACAGGUUCCAGCGGCAGUCCAUCCACCUGCUGACCGAGCUCCUCAGCCUGAAGAUGAAGGCCAUGCUGGAGUCUGUGUCUGGAGAUGCCAACCCCUUGGACAUUACAAAGCGCUUUGUGGAGGCCAGCCAGCUCCUGCACCUCAAUGCCAAAGAGAUGGCUUUUGACUUCCUGAUUGGCACCAUCAGGAGAAAUUGUGGCAGUGCCGGACAGACGGGGAAAGAUUCCUUUAUGAAUAUCCCAGCCAUGGGCGUGAACUCGCCUUAUCAGCUUGUCUACGAGGCCUCUACUGGCUGUCUGAGCUUUUCCCUCUCAACUGGAAGGGAAUUCAAGAAGAAAACAGCUACAGGCAAACCCAAAAAUGCGGACGAUGCUUUGGCGUCCCCGCAGCGAGGAGCAGGAGCGGGAACCUCUGCCUCCGAGGUUAUCGAGUUGAGCGACCCUUGCCCUGAAGCCCGGGAGAAGCUGCAGGAGAUGUGUCGUGUUAUAGAAGCCGAAAGGGUCUCGUGGAAAGGGAGGAAUAUCUUCUACCCCAUCAUCAUACGCAACUACAGGGCAAAGAUGCCCCCUCAUCUAAUGUCGACCCCCAAAGGGGAUGCUCAGACCCAGAGCUCCCACCACCCUCACCCUCCGGGUGCUCAGACUUAUGCUCCUGCCCCUCACCAGCCUCCCGCCUACCACCUCCACUCCGGCCGGCACUCUCUGGAGUGGAAGGGGCCCAGGAAGUUCAUCAAGUUGCAUUACUCCUUCUACGAUGGGUCCUCCUUUGUUUACUACCCCUCUGGAAACAUCGCCGUGUGCCAGAUCCCCACGUGCUGCAGAGGGAGAGCCAUCACCUGCCUCUUCAACGACAUGCCCAGCUUCUCCUUCCUGGCCCUGUUCAAUGCUGAAGGCCAGGGCUGUGUCCACUACAACCUGAAGGCCCGCUGCCCAUACGUCUUGGUCUUGGAUGAGGAAGGUGGCAUCACCAACGACCACAAGGGCUACGUAGUCCACAAGUGGAGCUGGACUUCUAAGACGGAGACUUUACUGUCUCUGGAAUACAAGGUGAACGAGCAAAUGAAGCUGACGGUGCUCGGGCAGGAUACCAUGACGGUCACCUUCACCUCCAUGAAUGAGACAGUAACGCUCCCCAUAUCGGCCAGCAACUGUCCCCACGGGAUAUCGCAUGAUAAGCGGAUAACCCGCAGAAUCAGCAUCAUGGACGAAAAGAUAUCUAAGAUGAGCCGGGCCCUGGCAGAGAUCAAGAGGCGGUUUCAGAAGACAGUGUCCCAGUUCAUGAACUCCAUCCUGCUGGCAGCAGGCCUGUUCACCAUCAAAUACCCAGUAAAGGAAGAGGCGGAAGGCAGUCGGACCAGACUGAAGUCCGGGCUCUUCCCCGAGCGCAGCACCAAGCUGAGUCUGUACUCCGGAGAUACGCUCUUGCUACGGUCGCAGUCAGCGCGACCCGAGUCCUUGAUUGAAGGGCCUUCAAAGGAAGAGCCUGAGUCGGCUCCUGUGAGCCCCACGCAGAAGAAACCCAGCAAGUUCCACACCAAGGCUGUGGCUCCACGCAGAGCGAAGGCCGGAGAGGUUCGCAGCCCCACCAGGUGGGCGGCCUCACUCUCCGACUGCCCCCUGGUGCUGCGGAAGCUCAUUAGCAAAGAGGACAUCCGGGCUGGCUGCAGGUGCUUGGUGCGGGCGCCCCUGGUGUCCGACGUGGAGCUGGAGCGCUUCCUGUCAGCGCCCCGAGACCCCAGCCAGGUGCUGGUGUUUGGGGUCGUGUCGGGCCAGAACCCCACCAGGUCAGGGCAGCUCCAGUGGCUGCUGGACAUGCUCUACAGCCACCGGCAGCAGGGCCGCGCCUCUCCCUGCAUCCAGUGCCGGCACGACCCCUAUCGCCUGCUGCGCUACGACCUGGAUGGCCCGCUGCAGAGGGACCCGCCCCUGCUGGUGAAGAAGUACGCUGUGAUGCAGGGCAUGAUUCUGAUGUUCGCUGGGGGAAAGCUACUUUUUGGGGGCUGCGUUUUGAACGGCUAUGGAUUCAGCAGGCAGAAUCUGCUGAAACAGAUCUUCCAGGCUCGACAGGACUGCAAGAUGGGCUACUUCCUGCCUGAGAACUACAAAUUCAGCGUUAUAGCCUCCGUCCCGAGCCUGGAAGACCCCACCUCAUCCCAGAAAGCGGUCUCAGGGGACGUCCAAGGAAGCCUCUCCUCGUUGGCCUUGGGGGACAAGUUGGAGGAGCCCUCCACCGAAGCCGAGAGGAAAAUGAUCCAGGCUGAUUUGGAUCUGCGUGCUCUCAACAAAGCCUGGAAGAGCAAUAAGAAGACAGCCACCUGGAAGAAGCAGGCCUCCAAGAAGUGA